AUGCGAUGCGCGAGCAAGGCCGCCGAGAGCGCGUCCGCACGUCUCUGUGCGGACGCCGAAGCAGAAACCACAGCAACUGAUGUCUCAUCGGUUGCUGAAGCGACUCAUCCUUUGUCACUUGGUGAUGCAGGCGCUGGUCAUGAAGACACUCGUGUCUUCACAGAGUACGAGCUCGGUGUCUCGUACUCUCCUGAUACGGAUGACGGAUCCGUAUCGACGGCGAUCGAAUCUAAGCCGCCUGCCAAGCGUGGCAUGGACGAUGCUUUGCGUCGCAGCAUCUUUGGUUCAUCUGAUGAAUCAGAUGAACCAUCGCCGAAGCGAAGGCGCUCGAGGUCGCGAGACUCGGGCGCUAACAGUGGUGUCGGUUCUCCUAUGGACACCACUUCGCAACGAGGUGCCAGUACUUCUGUCGGCACGUCGCAGGAAGAGCGGGACCGCAAUGUCUUGCGUCUCGCUCCUGAGAAGAAGGCAUGGAUGCCUCCAAAAUCCGUCAUGGAUCACUUGUCGGCGACGACGAGUGAUCGUUAUCGAACACGAUUGUUCGAUUCGUCAAGGAUCCAUCACCUUGACCCCAGCGCGAAAAACUAUCGCGCUGAAACGAAUUCUUCAUCGAUGCUUUCUUUAAGCAUCGAUGGUACAGUGGGAAUCACAAGCGUGAUGGUCCCUCACUACUUUAAGCGUGGAACGCCUACAUUCAUAAAAAAAUCGAGGAUGUAG